GGAGGUGGGCUGGAGGGAGCGCGGGGGAAGCAGCUGCGAGCGGCGGAGCGGCGGCCCGGGCGGGCCCAUGGAGCUCGAGAAUAUCGUGGCCAACACGGUGCUUCUCAAGGCGCGCGAGGGUGGAGGAGGGAACCGAAAAGGCAAAAGCAAGAAAUGGCGCCAAAUGCUGCAGUUUCCACACAUCAGCCAAUGUGAAGAUCUUCGGCAUACAUUGGAGCGGGACUACCACAGCUUGUGUGAGAAGCAGCCCAUCGGGCGCUUGCUCUUCCGGCAGUUUUGUGAAACCCGGGUGGAGCUGAUGCGCUGUGUCAAGUUCCUGGAUGCUUUGGCAGAGUAUGAAGUGACGCCUGAUGAAAAACGGAAGGAGUGUGGGCAGAUCCUAAUCGAGACAUACCUGACCCCUAAGAGUGCGGAUCACGUGCCUGAAGUUCCCUUGCAGUUAGUAACUCUGUGCUCAGAGCGACUGGAGCAGGAGCCGUGUAAAGAGCUCUUUAAGGAAUGUACCAAGCUCAUCCACGACUACCUGAGUGUGGCUCCUUUUGCUGACUACCUUGACAGCAUCUACUUCAAUCGUUUCCUGCAAUGGAAAUAUCUGGAAAGGUGGCACGUGACCAAGAACACUUUCCGCCAGUAUCGUGUUCUAGGAAAGGGAGGCUUUGGAGAGGUAUGUGCUUGCCAAGUACGAGCCACUGGAAAGAUGUAUGCCUGUAAGAAGCUCGAGAAGAAGAGAAUAAAAAAGAGGAAGGGGGAAGCCAUGGCUUUGAACGAGAAGCAGAUACUGGAGAAAGUGAACAGUAGGUUUGUAGUGAGUUUGGCCUAUGCGUAUGAAACUAAAGAUGCUCUGUGCUUAGUCUUGACUCUCAUGAAUGGAGGGGACCUGAAGUUCCAUAUCUACCACAUGGGAGAAGCGGGCUUUGAGGAGCCACGAGCUGUUUUCUAUGCUGCUGAAAUCUGCUGUGGUUUGGAAGACCUUCACCGUGAGAGGAUAGUAUACAGGGACUUAAAGCCUGAGAACAUCUUGCUGGAUGAUCAUGGUCACAUCCGUAUUUCUGACCUGGGGCUCGCUGUUUAUGUUCCGGAGGGCCAGACAAUAAAAGGUCGUGUGGGAACAGUUGGCUACAUGGCUCCUGAGGUAGUAAAGAAUGAGCGGUACACGUUCAGCCCUGAUUGGUGGGCUCUGGGCUGCCUGCUCUAUGAGAUGAUCGAGGGGCAGUCUCCCUUCCAGCAGCGCAAGAAGAAGAUCAAGCGCGAAGAGGUGGAACGCCUUGUGAAGGACGUACAAGAGGAGUACUCAGAAAAGUUCUCGCCUGCUUCUCGCUCCCUUUGUUCCAUGCUCCUCUGCAAAGACCCACUGGAGCGGCUGGGGUGUGGAGGUGCCGGUGCCCAGGAGGUGAAAGAGCACCCUCUCUUUAAGCCUUUGAAUUUCAAGCGGUUGGAAGCAGGGAUGCUAGACCCACCAUUCAAGCCUGAUCCUCAAGCAAUUUAUUGUAAGGAUGUGUUGGACAUUGAGCAGUUCUCCACUGUCAAGGGUGUUGAGCUGGAGCCUACAGACCAUGACUUCUACCACAAGUUUGCAACGGGGAGUGUCUCCAUCCCCUGGCAGAAUGAGAUGAUAGAGACUGAGUGUUUGAAGGAGCUGAAUGUUUUUGGUCCAGAUGGUGCUGUUCCUCCUGACCUGGACUGGAAGGGGCAGCAACCUCCCCCGCCCAAAAAGGGCCUGCUGCAACGUCUCUUUAGCCGACAGGAUUGUUGUGGGAACUGCAGUGAAAGUGAAGAGGAACCCACUCGCCUAUAGAUGCAGCCAAUGCAUCCUCUCUAAGAGCCUGGCCAGGCAGCAAGCUGACUCUGCGCAGGAG